AUGGCUGGUGGUGGAAAAUACCCUCCCGUGCUGAUUGACCCAGCAAUUGAAAAAUGGUACCAUAUGAAGGAAAACACGCAUGCGUACUACAAGCUUAAUCGUAGAGCAGUUGGAAUUGGGGCGAUGCUGACAGUGGUUCUACCGGCGGCAGUCUUCCUGGGCUCCUGGGCGUGGAUGGGAUCUUUCCAACCCCGUGGAGCUGGCCGAGGUGACAAGUUCUUCUUCUCUACAAAUGAAUAA